CGUUCGCGUUGUCGCUCGUCGACCACUCGUCUCAGUGUGUCACUUUACUCCUUACGAUAAAAAAGUUAUCGCGUGCCGGUGACAUAACACAGCAAGACACCCUACGGAAUUUCGCUCUUUCCCUCUUAUUUUAAAAACACGCGGUAUAUGUAUAAUUUCAAUUGCUACACUCUGCCGUUUAAUUAUCGAGACAAUAAAAUGUUUUAAAUAUUUUACAAAUGUAAUAAACACUUAUUUCUCAGUACGAGGGAGAUAAAGUAUUAAGUAUACAAAGUAGUAUAUAUAAAUUUGUGGGUAGAUCAAACGAUUUUUAUGUACAAAGAGUCAAGAGGAUUAAUUUUAAGUGUUGAGCCAACUAAAUUUACAGUGGCCAUAAAGUUUAUACCAUCUGAAUUAUACUUACAAAAUCAACUUGAUAUUUAAACAAUAAACUAUUGGAUUUAAAUCCGUAAUAAAUAAAUAUAAAUAAUGGGCAUCGAUUAUUCAUCGGCAACAUAUGAUUCAAAAAUGACUUUUAAAAUAUUUAUUGGUUGCAAUUCAAUUGCGAUAUUUAGCUCAUAAAUAAUUCUAUUUUUGAAAUAGACAGAGUACAUAAAAAAAGGUUGAACAUAAAAAGAGAGCUUACAAGUGAAUUGGAAAAAAUAUUGUAAGACGAAAAAAUAAAGACUCGAGAGUUAAGUUUUUUCAACGAAGGGAAUUGUGACCGCUCCCUAGUCAAAUGCUUUUUUCCUAGAUGCUUCAAUACCCAGGAAAUCCUGAGUCUUUCCUUUUUUAUUCCUUCCCUUACUGGUUUUACUACUGGUGGUGUUCUUCUCAGGCUAAGGGGACGUAGUCCUUUUGCCAACCGAAUUGCUAGCAGAGCUAAGGUAGAACUCAGUAAAUUGGGCGGAUUAUAAAUGAAAAAAGUAUAAGAAGACAAAGAGAAUAAAACAAGUAAAGAUUUCAAUCAAACGAGUUUAAGAAUUUUUCAUUUAUAUUUCUAUGAUACUUUUAUAUGAAUUCCAUUGGAGUUUAAAAGUAUAAGAGGAUAAAGGGUCAACGUGAUCAUAGCAACUCUUGGAUUCGAUUCAGAUUUCCAUCUCGACUCAAUGGCACUUGUGGUCAGAAUAUUGCCGAGGUGAUUUUCCUGAUUGCUUCUGCCUUUCACCAGAUUCAACUCAAAUUUAUGUAUUAAAAAGAACGUAGAUAAGAAGAGGACAACCAGAAAACACUAAAGUCAUCCACUUUAUUCUCAAGUGCUGGUUGACAAGAAAGUCUGCUGUUAAAAGACAGUAGCUAAGAAAGUUUAAGUCAAAGCUCGUGAUGAACUGCUGCUAACUUUUAAUUAAAACCAGUCAAGAUCAUCCUUACUUUGCUACUAAACUUCUUGCUUCGCGACUCAACUUUCCGGAGCUAGACGAGUUCUGGUCACUUAUUGAAGCUGCUUUUAUGUAGCAACACACUAUAGAUCAUACAAUACCAACUACACAAAGUAUAUACUUUAGUAUGGAGACUGAGAGUCCGAGCUCAGGUAUAAAUCGACCUGGACAUAUAUUUACUAUUUAUAAAUUAACCUGGGUUUGAAAAUAUAUUUUCAGGCCAUUUAUUUUCAAGGUUCCCUUUUUUGUUAUUAUUAUUAUUAUCAUUAUUAUUAUUAUUACUAUUGUUAUUAUCGAAACAUCCGUUUACCACGUGCUGAUACAUGUCCAAGGACUUGACUUGUGAAGAUUGAAUCAUCCAAGACGGCCGCCAAAUUUCGAUCUGGGCAUUUUGUGUUGAGUGCAUCAAUAAUUGUUUGGCUAUUGCUGAUGUCUAUGUCCAGUUUCCGGUAUUCUUGUGUAAUAUCAUUUAUUCGAUUGGAGUAAACUGGUAGUGGGAAGGAUAUAAAACUAAUAAAUAAAUAAAUUAAAAAGUGGACAACUGAUAGAAGAGUCGCCACUGGCGACACGAAGUGUGCGUGACCCAUACAAGCAACUACUUAACAGCUUAAACGAAGAGCGGCGUUUCAGUUGUUCCAUUGACGAGCUCGUGGUAACAUUACGUCAAUCGUAAUAUGAAAGUAUAAGUGGCCACGUGUUGCCACUACAGUGUUAUCGUCGGUUUAUAAAAUAUUUAAUCUUAUAUUAAUACGCAAGUGUGAUAUGAUGAGUAUGAGAAAUUAUCGUAUUGAUAAUUUAUUGAAUUAUUAGAUCGUUUAUUUAUUUUUAUUUAAUACCGAGAAAGGUGUAGAUCAAAGUGUCUUUCUCAAGUGAAAGUGUGCGAUCAUGUGUAUCAAUAAAUGGAUGUUUAGUGUGAGCUUAUUGUUGCUCGUGACUAUUGAUAAUCGCACGAGAGCUUACUCCAAUCAAUGGACAGCACAAAUUCGUGGUGGUCCUGAUGUUGCACAACGAGUUGCUAUGGAACAUGGAUUUCAUUAUCGGCAUCAGAUAUUUGAGGAUUUGUAUCACUUUGAUCAUAAGUCAGUUAAAAAACGAUCAUCAGAACCACAUUUGGAAAUCAAUAGUCGGUUGAAAAGAGACACUAGGGUACAAAAAGCUGAGCAACAGCGAAUAUUGUCACGUAGAAAAAGGGAUUUUGUUGUCAAACGUGGUCCAGCAAGUUCACGUGCUAUCUUAAAUGAUGACAGAUGGCCGCAGAUGUGGUACUUGAAUCGAGGCAAAGGGCUUGACAUGAACGUACAGGGUGCUUGGGCUGAUGGAAUUACUGGUCAUGGUAUCGUUGUCACUAUAUUAGACGACGGUUUGGAAAAAGAUCAUCCUGAUAUCUACAGCAAUUACGAUCCACAGGCAAGUUAUGAUGUCAACAGCUACGACGAUGAUCCAAUGCCACGAUAUGACUACCUCAACAGCAAUCGUCACGGCACCAGAUGUGCAGGAGAAGUUGCUGCCACAGCAAAUAAUUCUUUUUGUGCCGUUGGGGUUGCUUACGGCGCUGGAGUUGGGGGAGUAAGAAUGUUGGACGGAGAAGUUACAGAUGCUGUUGAAGCAAGAUCUCUUAGUUUCAAUUCACAGCACAUAGAUAUUUAUAGUGCGUCCUGGGGACCCGAUGACGAUGGCAAAACAGUUGACGGUCCUGGAGAACUGGCUACGAGGGCAUUCAUUGAAGGCAUUACUAAAGGUCGCAGCGGUAAAGGUUCGAUAUUUGUGUGGGCGUCGGGUAAUGGUGGACGCGAACAUGACAACUGCAAUUGCGAUGGUUAUACAAAUAGUAUUUGGACGCUGUCAAUUAGUAGUGCAACUGAAAAUGGUUUAGUCCCGUGGUACAGCGAGGCAUGUUCAUCUACUCUUGCGACGGCAUAUAGUUCUGGUUCAUUGGGUGAAAAACAAAUAGUUACUAUCGAUUUAAAUCAUCAGUGUACAAGUAGUCAUACUGGUACCUCAGCAUCUGCGCCCAUCGCCGCGGGAAUUUGUGCAUUAGCUCUGGAAGCUAAUAAGGAUCUUACGUGGCGCGAUAUGCAGCAUAUUGUUGUAAGAACAGCCAAGCCAGCUAAUCUUAUUGCCGCUGACUGGACUAUUAAUGGUGUCGGUAGAAAUGUUAGCCACAGUUUCGGCUAUGGUUUAAUGGACGCGACCGCAAUGGUCCAACUUGCCAAAAAGUGGCAGACCGUUCCGGAACAACACAAGUGUGAAAUGCUAGCGCCGCAUAAAAAUAGAUCAAUUCCAUCACGUAGUCAAUUAACUUUGGAUUUCCAUGUAAAAGAAUGUAGCGGCGUUAACUUUUUAGAACACGUUCAGGCCAAAAUAACACUAUCAGCAUCUCGAAGAGGAGAUCUCGAGAUAACAUUAACAUCUCCACAAGGAACAAAAAGUACUUUACUCGCAAAACGACCGCACGAUAAUUCUAAAACAGGAUUCCAACAAUGGCCAUUCAUGUCAGUCCACACAUGGGGUGAACGUCCACAUGGCACGUGGAAAUUGGAAGUUCACAAUGAGGGUCGUUAUGUUGGUCGUGCGAUACUUCAUGAAUGGUCGUUGAUAUUCUACGGUACAGGAACUUUACCCGACCCAACAGAGUACGCUCUCUACAGCAGUAUCGCCGGUAGUAGUAUUAGUUCGACAAACAUCAAGUCACCUAAAAAACCAGUAGUUAAAAUGUCAAACUAUUCACGCAAUGGUUUAAAUAUCAUCGGUAUUAAGACUAAAAAUAAUAAGUUGAUAAAACAGCAGCAGCAACAGCAGCAGAGCCAGCAAAAUAGUGGAUUAAAUCAACCGUACAUUCAACAAAAUCAGACAUCAAAAAAGAGUAAAGUACGUGGGCAGCACAAAAAUGGUAAAUCAACAAACAAACCGACAGUGCGACCGACAGUACAGAGCUUACGUGGAUUAACAUUCAGUCGCAUCGGUACAUCUAAGCCCCGUGUUAGCGGUAGCAAUAACACCGCUGGCUCUGCCGGUACCACUAUCGGAAACAUCACCAAUAACAACAGUACUCCCAAAGCAAUCCCAGAAACUCCCGUUGUUAAACUGACAACUCAGCUACCUAAACAGCAACAAAUUAUUGACUCUGUUACAUCAACAUCCUCGCUACAGAGAGGUUUAAUUCUCAUGGAACCGGCCGCCAAAGCCGCUACAAAUAAGGUUCCGGUUGUGUUCCAACAGUAUCCAAAAAUCCAACAGCUCUAUCCGCUCUACCCAGUCUACCCUGGGGUAAGGGGCGUUAACCAGCACGCAACUCGUGCUAAGGGACUCGAUCUACUGCAAGAUGAGCAGUUCGAUACAAGAAAUCUUCAAUUAACUGACAAGGCAAGUCUCACAGAAUGGGGGCUGAUGUUCUACGGAACUGAGACCGCACUCAAGUUCGAUGACGAGCUGGACAAAGACAAGCCGAUAGCCCCAAUAGAAAUUGAUAUCCCGCACAAUAACGGAGCGGAGGACAAGAAGCCGAUAGACACCGAAGGUGAUGACGACCUGUGGACCGGGAGACAGCAGGUGGAUUUGAUAUCACACCCAGAGGUGCAGAAGCCUACAACGGAAAACCAUACGAGCAAAGCGUGUAACAGCUUUGGCUCCCACGGGUGCCUAGAAUGUAAAGACGGGUGGUUUAUCUCCGAAGGUCGUUGUUUAUCAGAGUGUCCUCGUAACAUGUAUGUGGAUCACGAUCAACGAAAGAAUGCCUGUAUUCCGUGUCAUUACUCUUGUAUGACCUGUUCGGGGCCUUCAGAUAUCGAUUGCACAUCAUGCCAUGCGGAUUCUAAUCCUAUACCACUGGAAAUGGAGACCUUUCAAUGCAUUUUAAAGUCUAUCGAGUGGAAGACCAAAUCAACUGUGUGGUUUUAUCGGAUGACUAUUGUAUUAGGAUUAAGCUCCAUUCUUAUGAUUGGUAUUGUCAUUUAUUUAUGGAUUUCCUCAUCGAAAAAGCUACAAAAAAUUAUCAAUCAGGGAUACAUGGAACUGCCUCUACCUGAUGAUCAACUAAAAGACGGCAACAGUAAUCGUAAUUUAGACCGAUAUCAAUCCGAAAGCGAGUAGAUUUUUUUUCCAUUUUACUACCUGGGAAACAAUAAUUUAGAUCUGAAUACUUUCUUUUACUGAGAUACAAAUUUUACUUUAUCCGAAUUUACUCCAUCACUCAGAGUUCCGGAGUUAGAAAAAACAAUUACUCUGUAUACGAAGUAAAUGGGAACUUUUUUUUCAGCGGAGAGAUUUCGGGCUCAUGUGAAUUUUAUUUUAAUCUGCAUUCACUCUAAACCAGAGUUUUAAUUUUUACAUAAACUUUUCUUUGGAGUAAAUUUCAUUCCAAUAAAAUUAAAAAAAUAAGAAAUACUCCGCUCUGGAUUUACUCCGAAUUUAAUGUGUUCACUCUGCGAAUUUUUGACAAAGUAAAAUUUGAAGUUUUGUUUUGAUAAAGAUUUUGAAAACUUCUAAAAAAUAAAAAUUUUUUAAAUUUAAGAUCGAAAAAAAUCUACAUUAAUCUAAAUAGAUCUAUUGAUGUCAAUGAAAAUCUUGAAUUUAAAAAAAAUUGAAUGUAUGUUGACUUAAAUUUUUUUUCCUGGGUAAUAAAUAAUGUAAAUUACUUUAAAAAAUGUACAAUAGUAUUCCAUGUACUUAAGAAAUUAUAAGGUUAUUAUUGUUAUAUAUUAAUUUUUUUAAAUGUAAUUAGAACUCAAAAAAAAUGAAAUCAAAUAUUUUUAUAAUUUAUUUUACAUGUGAGCGAAAAAUUAAAUAUUCGAAUAUUCUGAAUUACUAAAUUUUGAAUUUGAAGUGCACACAAUUUGCAGACUCCUAAUUUUUUUCGUUCAUAAAAUUUUAAUCAUUGAAUUUUUUAUGUUUAAAAAAAAUUAGUAUGACUUGUAUUAAAAAUAAAAUGAAUAAUUAAUUAUAGAAGUCAUUAGUAUAAAUAUUUGAUAUUAUUAAGAAAUGGUCUCAGGUACAUUUUUUAAUUAAUACUUAGAUAUUUUAUGAGUAUCAGUCUAAAUAUCAAUUUAUAAAUUUAAUUUUAAAAAAGUAAAACAUCACAAAUUAAAAAUAAUUAAUGUUUAAUAAAUAUAUCUCUAGCGGAUCCGAAUUACGGUAAAUUACCGUAAAUUACCGCAAAAAUCGGAAUUUGCCGUAAAGUACAGUAACUUACGGUAGAUUGCCGAAUUUCCGGCAAAUUUAUGGUAAAAUUGUCGUAAUUCACCGUAAAAAUUGCAGUAAUACUGCAGUAUUUUACCGUAAAACACCAUACUAUACGGUAAUUCUGCUAAAUGCCGUAAAUUACCGUAAAAUACGGCAAAUUUGCUGUAAAUUAUGGUGUUGUGAAAAAAUACGGUAAUUUACCGUAAUUCGGAUCUGCUUGGGACUGAACAAAAGCUCAAUUUUAUUGAGUAAUUAAAUAACUAAUAAUUGAGGCUAAUAAAAUUUAUAUUAUAUUAAAAUAUAAUACAUCAGAUAUUAUUUAAGUAUUCCACUACGUACGAGAAAAUGGACUUGAAAUGACAGCUUGUGUAAAUGUAAUAGUGUACAGCAAUACUAAAUAAUUAAUAAUAAUAAUAAUAGAUAAUUGUAUAUUGCUCGAUUAUUAAUAUUUCAUAUACCAAAUAAUUGUAAUCAUUGUUUUGCAAUAAACAAUUGCAACUUUUUUAUAAAAAAAAAAAAUGAGAUCUGACUAAAUUUAAAAAAAAUUAAUUUUUUUUAUAAAUAAUAAAUUGUAAUUUUUUAAACCCAAUUAUUUAAAAUGUAAGCGUUUGUUAAAAA